UGAACGCAGCACCGGUGCGCUCUGGAGAAGCUCCUCUGGCUCCUGCAGCAGCAGAUGAGAGAGAAACUCCACGAACACAACAGGUUGGAGCUGUUGGACUUUCUGCGCAUUGAUCUUUUCAUUUUAUACUUUUACAUGAACUUAAAUAGUGAAAAAUGCAAAUCUCUGCAAGAUUGAUGCUCGCAUGCAGUGUGGAGAUUUGACUUUUGGGUAUUUUGGGUCAGGUAGAGCAUCCUGAAGCGAUCAGGUAACCACCAGAAGUGUUGACUUCUUUACAAAUAACACUUUUGAAACACAAUAUUAGGAGCUGCAUCAUCCAGUGUGUUCACGGACUUCUUCGGGAUGUUUUCCGCGACUCUCCUCCUCACUGCGCUCUGCGUCUUUGCGCACAUGGACACUUUUACGCACGGCUGCCAGCUGCCCUCCGAGUGGCGGCCGCUGAGCGAGGGCUGCCGGGCGGAGCUGGCGGAGAUCAUCGUGUACGCCCGGGUCCUGGCGCUCCACCGGGAGCCCCUGGGCGGGGAGGGCAGCAUGUACAACUCGCUGUCCUUCGGGUUCGGGUACGGCUACGAGGGCGCAGAGGAAGGGCUGCUGUACUCGGCGGAGGUGGAGCUGCUGUGCGACCAGGCUUGGGGCAGCAUGCUGGAGGUACCCACCGGAUCCAGGCUCAAUCUGACUGGGCUGGGGUACCUGUCCUGCCAGUCCCACACGGUGAUGGAGAACUACUCCUACUUCUUCUUCCUCAGGAUGGACGAGAACUACAACAUCCUCCCCCACGGCGUCAACUUCCAGGACGCCAUCUUCCCAGACACCUCUGAGAACAGACGCAUGUUCUCCAGCCUCUUCCAGUUCUCCAACUGCACCCAAGGGAGCCAGCCGUUCCACACCUUCAGCCCCGAGUGGGACGCCCAGGAGGACAACAGGCUGAUGUGCUCCUCGGUGCAGGGGGCGCUGUUUGAAGAGGAGGAGCGAGGCCGGAAGCUGCAGGAGCGCCUCGCCGGGGCGGAGAGGAGGAACCGGCAGCUGAAGGAGCGCGUUCGCAAGGUGAAGCGCUCCCUGAGGAACGCCCGCAAGGCCACGCGCAAGGCCGAGCAGGAGGUGCAGGAGCUGCAGGAGAAGCUGAAGGCCGUCGAGCGGAGGGAUGGGCACCACCUCAACGCCAUCACGCAGGAGGAGCCUCCACCCGGGCGUUAUGCGAGCACAGCGAUGCGCCAGCGUAUGCAGCUUUAACUAAUCCCACCUGCCCCAAAGCUGCCACCCGCCUGGACAGAAAACUGGCUGUGGAGAGUGAGAGGCUGCUGGGCGGCCUCUAAGGAAGGGCAGGGACAAACAAUUAUCCUCAUAUAAGAGCAAAAUCAGCUGUAAAGUAAUAAUCCACGUAGUUUUGUUUUAUUAAUUCUCUCUUUUAUAUCUUUGAUUGCAACAACAGUGAGGGUUAGGAUGAUUCCAUGGUCACCGGACAAAAGUUUCCUGAAAGAGAAUCCAACAUUUAUUCUCUGGCUAAGCAGCACUUCUUGCUCCGCUGACUUCCUGACACUAGGCACAACUGUGAGUGAGCGACAGUAAAAACAUCAGCAGGCGCUCGUAGGAGUGUAAAGAGAUGAAGUUAAUAAUUUAACUUAGGUUCGGGAGCUGGGCCACGCCUCAACCACCCCUCUACUUACCCAUCAACCCUUCUUAUACCUGGUCAACCCAUCCUGCUCCGUUUGUCUCAGAUCUCUACCUCCCUCUUCCUUCCUCAUCCCUUCCUACAUCCAUUCAUCCUCUCCUCCCUCGUCCCUUCCAGCUCCAUCCAGGGCAUUUUUCUCUCAUGUCUCUCCCUAGGUUCAGUCUGGGGGGUUCGACAUCAGCUUGGGCGAAAAUGUGCCUGAGACAGAACCAGAUCCAUCCUCCCAGACCAGCCUAACAGAAACAUUAUUCAUCCGUCCUCUUCCUCGCCCUUCACAUCCAUUCACCCAUCCACAAUAUCCAAUACAGCCUGAGUUCCUUCAAAAGAUUUGACGAUACAUCGUUGUGGCGUGGUCCACGAUAGUGACACGUUAUCAUGGUCAUGCCAUUCUCAAAUAUUGUGUUUCCACCAACCUUUGAGGUCCAGGCUUUGAAACAAAAUCUAUGAAGUAUAGAUCUGUUUAUGCAGGAGCAAUAACAAGAAAAGAAGAAAGUAAAAUGUACACUUCACCUAUAUUUUGCAUUUUUACAUUCAAUAGUCAAAACUGUGUCUGAAUUCAAGGACAUGGUCCACGAAUGCCGAGCUGAAAUGAGACGGUGUGUUCCACAGUGGAUUUCCUAUUUGCGUCCCUAGCUUGUCCCACUCUUACGACUGCACUUACUGCAGCCACAUGCGCAGCGAGCUUGUUAGUUUCCUCACCAGCGCGAAAUAAAUCCUGGGAUAGGUUGGGCUGAGAAGGAUACACCUGUUGGAUCCUUUGUUGCUCAGGAAUGGAAGGACGCACUUGAGGGAGCCUUCAAAAUGGAACAGCCUAGUUUCUCCGCUGUGAUGCAGGCCCGUCUUCAAAUGCGGCCUGUGAAGGAUGCGGCCCCUGAAAUGGGACACAGCUAAUUUUUCUUGCCACAAGGAGCCCCCUUCAAAUAAUCACGGUGAAGUCGACUGUGUUAUCUUUGCUAACCCUAACCCUAAGGACACCAUUGAGUUGCACUAUGGAUCCAGUGGUAAAGUCAGAAUUUGGGCAUUAGAAUCGGGCUCUGGCAAGUGCACUGUCUUCAUAGAAUCAAUAUCAGCAAUUUAAAUACAAUAUUUGUUCUUAUUACAUUCAAUAUUUAACAUGUCUUAUUAGUCAACUGUUACUUCAGAGAGAGUUUUAUGUCUGUGAAUGAAAGUUAUUGGAUGUUUGAUUUGUUAUUAAUUCAAGUCUGAACGUCAGCUUGUAUGUAAAUAUUUUUGUACGAACGUUUUUCUGCUUAUAAAAUUGAAAUUG